AUGACCGGCAUGGUACAGCCCGACCUUGGUCCUCCAGCGACGAAGUACAAGGAAGAUUCGAUUGAUGAUCCCCUUCGACACGGCAACUCUGGGCGUUCCGGUUCUCAACAGCCUCAAUCUCGAUCAAAUCUAGCUCAACCACAGAAGCAAGGCCCUGCCUCGCCUGUUCAGCCCUCUCGCUCUCUUCCGCCUACCACAUAUCCUCCCCCACCCCAUCAAUUAGGAAACGAAGUUCUCCAUCAUAAUCACUACGGACCGCCUCCUCAAGAGUCGCCCUACUACACCACCCAUUCCUCCUAUACAUCGACCCCGGCGUCGGCACAUUACCCUUCUAGUGGGCCACCUGACCUCAUGGCCUCUACCGCUCAAAUGCAGAGACCUUAUCCCUCUAUCUACCACACCCCUCAAUCAAGCUCACCAGCCUCGGUAGCUUCUCAGUCGCAUGAACAACAUGGCCGCAACAUGUACUCGUCACCCCAGAUGCCACCACAGAUGUUCGGCUAUCCUCCAUACUCGCCCAUGAACCCAGUUCAGCCCUCAUACGGGGCCAACCAUUCUCCCCAACAGCAUCCUACAACACAGCCAUUGAUGAUGCCCCCUCAGAAAGCCCCAUCCCAAGGGCCACCACACCAAUCCACCCACCUCCCUACGUCCGGCAUGUCCAGCAGCCCCAUCAUGAAACUCGAUGCCUCCCAUCCCAGUUCUUCACAGCAAUCGAUGCUGAACCCUCCUCUCACGGCAACCAGCAGCCACCCCAUGUCUGCUAGUAAUCCCCACGCAACCCCAUCACUAGGCGGCAGCACCUCCAGCGCAGCACCAGGCCCCAUCCCAGCCACUACCCCACUGGUCGUGCGACAAGACAGCAACGGCGUGCAGUGGAUCGCCUUUGAAUAUUCCCGAGACCGGGUGAAAAUGGAAUACACCAUCCGCUGUGACGUGGAAUCCGUCAUCGUGGACACGCUCACGCAAGAAUUCAAAACCGAGAACUGCGUGUACCCGCGGGCCUGCUGCAGUAAAGACCAGUAUCGCGGGAACCGACUGGUCUACGAGACAGAAUGCAACGCUGUCGGCUGGGCGCUGGCCGAGUUGAAUCCCGCGCUGAGGGGAAAGCGUGGAUUGAUCCAGCGUGCUGUCGAUAGCUGGCGCAACAGCAAUCAGGACCCGAGACUGCGCAGCAGACGGGUUCGCCGUAUGGCUAAGAUUAAUCGAAGACAGUCGGUUCCCGCCCAGUCUCAUAUGCCCCAGCAAGGCCCGGUUGGUCCAUCUGGUCCGCCUGGUCCGGGCAUGAAUGCUAUGCCGGCUCCUGUUCCCCGUCCGAAUUUGGGUCCUAUGUCGAUGGGCCCGCCGCAGAUGCAUCAUCAUCAUCAACCUGAUGGUAAUCCUAAUGAGGAAGUUAGCGGCACAGAAUACCCAGGCCACCGAAGCAUGGACACACGCCUCCCACAGCCCUCAAUUCCCGACCUCCGCCCCGUCCACAUCUUCCACGACACCCCAACAACCCUAACCCCAAGCGGCAGCUCCAGUGGCCCCUCUAUGCCCCCUCUACUGCGCGACAACAACCUCACCUCACUAAGCCGCCACACCAUCGCCACCGCUGCCCGCAUGGGCUCAACCAACCACGACAUCGACGAGCAAGGCCCAACCAACGAAGAUCUCUUCAGCCACCUCCCAGACGGCAAACGCCGCAAAUUCAUCCUAGUCGACGACCCGCAGCGCGGCUGCCGCGUCCGCGUCAAGGUCGUCCUGGACAAGGUCAACAUGGACGAGAUCCCAGACUCCUACCGCGAGUCCAACGCCGUCUAUCCGCGCACCUACUUCCCGAUCCAGAUGCGCGACGAGAACCGCGUGAUCCCCGCCAAGCGAUUCUUCCGCGAUGACGCCGAGCAGGCGGACGACCCCGAAUCAUCGACUUUGGGUCGCACGACCGUGCCCGCGCCGUCGCUCGACGCCGACGCUGAAAUCGACGUGCCGAAGAUCUCCCGCAGAAAACACCACAAGGAGUUGAUGCUUAAUGACCUUGGCUACCGUAUGAGCUGGAGUCAGAGCCGUGUGUUUGCGGGACGGAUGUUAUUUUUGCAGCGAUCGUUGGAUGCCUACCGUGAUAAAAUGCGAAGUAGUAUGAUCGCUGCGGGCCAGGACGCCGCGGAUAUCCCGGAUCAUUUCGAUACUCGUCGAGGCAAGCGACGGUUCCUGGAGCGUGGGCGUCGGGAGUCGGAGAAUUCUGCGCUGCGGAGUGCGGAGGAGGUUGAAGGGUGA